AUGAUUCAACCUCAGACCCAUUUAAAUGUAGUAGAUAAUAGCGGGGCUCGAGAAUUGAUGUGUAUUCGAAUCAUAGGAGCUAGCAAUCGUCGAUAUGCUCAUAUUGGUGACGUUAUUAUUGCUGUGAUCAAAGAAUCAGUACCAAAUAUGCCCCUAGAGAGAUCAGAAGUAGUCAGGGCUGUAAUUGUGCGUACCUGCAAAGAACUCAAACGUGACAACGGGAUAAUAAUACGAUAUGAUGACAAUGCUGCGGUUGUUAUUGAUCAAGAAGGAAAUCCAAAAGGAACUCGAAUUUUUGGUGCAAUCGCCCGAGAAUUGAGAGAAUUAAAUUUUACUAAAAUAGUUUCAUUAGCUCCCGAGGAAAGAUCCGACAUAGUUUUAUACGGAUACUGCCAGGAGAUAGAGUAA